AAAUGCAUCACGACGAUGGACCAUCGGCUAAACGACAGAACGGUGAUGAUAUGGUGCACGAAGGAUCUUUCAUCAAAGGAUAGAAAAUCGUUGCGUGUCAACAUCGAGUACGACCAUGCCUGUCUGUUGCGCUGGUCACCGGACAGCAAGGCUUUCAUAAUACACAAGGCUAUCGCAAACACCGUUGAAGUAUACAAAGUCACAAGAAAACCUGACGGCUUCCCAGCUUCAGUUACAAAGGCAAUCGAAUUCCCAAAGCAACAUAACGACGAUAUUGUCGGAAUGGACAUAGCAUGUAACGGACGUUACAUUAUGACCUGCAGCAAUACAACGCAGUUACUCGUCUGGGAUUUGAAAGGACAGCUACUAUCAACGAUCGAUACUUAUCUGAUGACAACGCAUCGGGCUCGAAUAUCUCCGUGUGGUCGUUUUAUUGUCGCAUCAGGUUUUGCGCCGGACCUAAAAGUAUGGGAAGUGGAAUUCACAAAGGCAGGAGACUUCAAGCAAGUAUCGAGAGCCUUCGAACUCAGCGGGCACAACUCCGGCGUUUAUGAUUUUGGAUUCAGCGCAGACACCAGUCACACAGCAAGUGUUUCUAAGGACGGAACGUUCAACCUUUACGAUACAAAAAUUGAAUACAAGAAAGGAGAGACCCCGCGUCUCCUGUUAACUGGAUCAUGGGCUGGAGGUUCUAAUGCCCGACUUGCUCUGUCUCCAAACGCCGAAGUUAUCGUUAUCGCACAUGGUACAUCAUUGUCGUUCUUUUCUACUUUGACCGGUGAAUUGGAUCUCACGAUUACAGACAUUUUCAACGGACCGGCAACUGGCCUUCUCUUCGACGCUCUCGGGGAGCAUGUUUUGGUAUCUGGAGAUAAGCAUAUAAAAAUAUUCCACAACGUUACCGGCUACAAAACUGCGAUUGCAUCCGCCCGCGAGAAGCUGAAGCAAAAAAUUUCGUCAGCCACGAAAGAGCGUCUGGAAAAAACUAUUGCCGACAGUCAGAAAUUUCUUGAAAAUAUAGCUCAACGCUAAAUAAAUCUGGUAAUAAGUUCCUUGCCGUCACAUAAGUUUCUGGGUAUUUGAUCGGCGAUUGAUGUUGUUUUCUUAUAUGAAACUGUGCAUUGCUUCAACACUACUCGCGUGGAAUUCGAUAAGUAUUUUACUGCAGAAUUUUUUCACACUAUUAUCACCGUGGUCUGGAAUUGAUGUCGAGUAAAACGAAGAACAUAGAGCAUUCUAAUCAAUCCUACAUUCCAUUUAAAGUCUAAGGUAACGUUGUUACAUAUUCAUUUACUUUUUGUACUCUCUUAUUUGCUCCUAUAUCAAAAAUCUCUUAUCAGUCUCACAUCAAUAUUCAAGAAAGUGAUAUGAAACGUAUCCAAACCCAUAUAUACGAGAAAUUUUGUAUGUAAAAUAAGUGUUUUUCAUGUUAAUACAAUAAAAUUAAUAAAAAUUAUCGCCAUUCUAUUAUU